UUGACUUUUAAAUUAAUGUGCUGCAGGGUAUCAAAUUCUUUGAACCAGAGAUCAAGGGAGAUUCGCCUGAAAAGGUGGAGUACGUUGGGAUGAAAAAUUUGAUUAAUGCUCUAAAACAAAGUGUUGGACUUCAAAAUGGAAAGCUACUAUUUGGAUAUGAAGGUAAUAAUUAUAGGGAAUUGACUUGGGGAGCUUUAGAUGAUGUUGUGAUGGGUGGAGUGAGUGAAAGUGCAUUUCUGAUCGACCCAAAUGGCAGUGAAAAUGGUGGACCAACUGGACUUUUUAAAGGAGUUGUUUCCACUGCAAAUAAUAGUGGGUUUACAAGCAUCAGAACAAAGAAUCUAUCAACUCCUGAGGAUCUCUCUGCAUAUGAUGGUAUAGAGCUGCGCCUUAAAGGUGAUGGUCGUCGUUAUAAACUAAUUCUUCGGACAAGUGGUGAUUGGGAUAUUGUUGGUUACACAGCACGCUUUGACACUGUAAAAGACCAGUGGCAGACAGUGAGUAUCACAAUGGUCCUCUCAAUUUUUCUCUGGCCAAAUCAAGAAUCACUUGCUAGGUGGUUUGAGCUGCCUCAGCCGAGCUGCCGGGCUUCACACUCACCAGAGGAACAAGAGAGCCAGACUUUUCGACUUUCAGAGAUCUGAGACAGAUUCGUAAUAAUGAGGGAGGAGCAUGAUGG